AUGAAGAUCAUCUUUUUUUUACUCUCUUUUACUAUUUUUGAGCUCUCCUCUGCCCAGCUUCGAGUUGGUUUCUAUAGUUCUUCAUGUCCACGAGCAGAGUCGAUUGUUAAACAAGUUGUGCAAAAACGGUUUCGCACGGAUCGUUCAAUAACAGCUGCUUUGCUCCGAAUGCACUUUCAUGACUGCUUUGUUAGGGGUUGUGAUGCAUCAAUAUUGAUAGAUUCCACCAAGUCCAAGUCAUCGGAGAAAGAUGCCGGACCAAACCUAACCGUAAGAGGAUUUGAGCUAAUUGACGAAGCCAAGAGAAAUCUAGAGGCUGCUUGCCCUUCAUCUGUCUCCUGUGCCGAUAUCAUAACAUUAGCAACCCGCGAUGCAGUCGCAUUAGCCGGUGGCCCUGCUUAUAAUGUGCCAACAGGCAGGCGAGACGGGCAAGUUUCCGACUCCUCCGAAGUAAAUCUGCCAGGACCUAGCCUUUCCAUAUCAGAUGCAGCACAAUUCUUCACCGCCAAAGGGCUAACACUCAAUGACAUGGUGGUCCUUUUGGGUGCACAUACAGUUGGAGUUGCACAUUGCGGUUUCUUCCGAGACCGGCUCUUUGAUUUUCAGGGCAGAGGGAAACCUGAUCCUACUAUGGACCCUGCAUUGGCUGCUAGACUCCUGAGGAUCUGCGGUACACAAUCCAGGCCAUUGAAUAGGGAUCCAACAAUUUUUUUGGACCAGAAUACAUCCUUCAUUGUUGAUAAGCAGUUCUAUAAUCAAAUAAAGUCUGGGAAAGGGAUCAUGCAGAUCGAUCAAGAACUUGCCUUGGAUAAGCUAAGUGCUCCUCUGGUCUCAAGAUUGGCUGCCAAUGACGCCCUAUUUCAACAAAGUUUUGCAAAUGCUAUGAUCAAGAUGGGACGCGUUGAAGUCCUUGUUGGAAGAGCUGGAGAAAUUAGGAAAAAUUGUAGAGUUUUUAACCCAACAAAGCCUAAGGGCAGAACUGGCUAA